AUGAACAAAUAUCCUCAUCGAUUCAACGGCCAGCGAUGGCAACUUUACACAAAACCCAAACUCCUAAUUACAGCAUCAGUUUGGUCGCCUUCAUCUUCACUCUCAAAGUCCCUCAAUAUCAAUGAUAUUUUCCUAGCACCCGACAGAGGAAAUCCCGUCAGCAGUCCCUACAGUCUUACUCAUAAAGACACUGGUAGACAAUCAUCCAAAAUCUACACGAACAUCGGUUUAGCUACCACCAAAAUUACUAUCAAUCCCGAUAAUGAUAUGGUGAAUAUGUAUCCCGGGAAAUCUUUCACCACCCAGGUACGCAUUGGACUUGAUAUAUUCUCCACUGGAGAGAUUAGGGCUAGUACCAUUGCGGAUCCAUGUCUUUAUGCAUCACCAUUAUCUUGCUUGAAGGCGGGAGAAACUUAUGAAGUGGAUUAUCUUCUGAGAAUAGUGGUAGACCAGAGAUUAUGUGUUGAGCUCUAA